AUGGCUUGUACUGAUGCUCAACAGGUUCUUUAUGGGACUUGUAUGUUUACUGAGGAAGCAGAGUACUUGUGGGAUAAUGCACGACAGAGGUUUCAGGAUAUAAUAAGGGUAAACAUAAAUCAGAAUAAUAAUAAUGGGAAGAUUCAAAGUGGGGGAGGUGUUGCUAAUGCGAUCAAGCGCUUCAAAUGUGGUGUACUUGGUCAUCGUGCAUCCGAGUGUACUGCGGUGACAUGUUACAAAUGUGGGAAAGUUAGGCAUAAGGCUAAUGAAUGUAAGAGUGCUAGAUUGGAUUGUUAUAAUUGUCGAGAGACUGGUCACAUUAGUACCAAUUGUCAAAAACCUAAGAAGACGCAGGAUGUCAAAGUUGGUGGAAAAGUUUAUGCUCUUAGUGGUGUAGAGGCCUCAAAGUCCGAUAAUCUUAUAUGA